AUGAGUGUAUAUAAUAUGUGGGAUAAAGAAGUAAAAGAGCCAAAACUGAAGUCAUCUUUAUCAAAUGAAUGGGUUUACGAUUCUCCAAUAGCUACACCAAGGUCGUCGUCGCCACCAAGUAAAGUUGGCGAAGCAAUAUUUAACAAAUAUAAUGAAUUAAUACAUUCCAAAUCAAACAUUGCUACCGAUGCAAAACAAUCAGAACCGUUGGAAAGGCCAUUUGAUUUUGACGAUGAAGAGUUUGCUUUUGGAAUAAACCUGCUUAAUAAAAAUGUAGCGUGUGUUGGAGACAACAUAACUAAAUUAAUUCAAAUGGCACAAGAACCUUGGCCAGAUAAUGUGAAGUUGUUCCAGCCAUAUGAAGUGGAGCAAAUAUUGUUACCUGAUAAUGCUAGUUGCUUAGCUGUUCAAGCAUUUUUAAAGAUGUGUAACCUCCCUUUUGAAGUAGAAAUGCGAUGGAAUGCAGAAUUCAUGUCUCCAUCUGGUCGGGUGCCAUUCAUCAAAUGUGGAGCUUUUGUUGUAUCAGAGUUGGAGCCAAUAGUGCAGUUUGCAGCAAACAAGGGUGUUUCUUUAUGCAGCAAACUUACAACGGAAGAGAGAGCUGAAAUGAGGGCCUAUAUGAGUCUGAUAACUAAUGUCUUGGUUAAUGCUGAGUUAUACAUAUCGUGGGUGGACCAGGACACAUACAACACAGUGACUCGGAUUCGCAACUCAUCAGUUUACCCUUGGCCACUUGGCUGGAUCCAAACUCGGUCCAAACGUAAUACUGUAAUUAAGCGAUUAAAAGCAUUGCAUUGGUAUGACAAGACGUUGGAACAGGUGUUGGCUGAUGUGGAGCAAUGUUGCAACUCACUCAGUCAACGUCUUGGGGAUAAGGACUAUUUCUUUGGAACAGCCACACCCCUUGACGCCCUUGUGUAUGGACAUAUAAGGGCUCUGUUAUCCGCUGUGGGUCCUAAAGCAGCCUUACUUAUAAAACCUAUAACUAGCUGUCUCCUUAGACAUUUAUUACGGAUGACCGAUUUAACACAGAUGUCUUUAUGGCCCCAAGAGCAGUACUUGGUGGCUCAGGGUUGCCACCUCUGUUCUCGUAGACAUUCCCCCGAAAGAUCAAUAUCGAGAACAAAACGAUCAAAAAUGUGCAUACGCAACCCUAGUCGGGAGAGUGUUACAUACAAUAAGGAUGUUUUUGCAGGUUUUAAGCCAUUUGCAUCAAGACAAGUUAUAAUAAUGACAUCUAAAAAUGGUACGAUUACAUGCGAAUAUGAAGGACAGGAAUUGAGACAAAUGGAAGAGUCCUACGGGUUCAUAAACGAUAUAAUAUAUGAUAUUAUCGACAAAGUUGAUGAAAUAAUUUCUGAUAUCGACAAACAUUUUGAAUUUAUACCCUGCCCUAUUAUCGAUAAAAGUUAUAUUAAAAUUAACGAUUUCCUGGAUACGAUCGAAGAGAAUAGCGUUUCUAUAGAAACUGAGGAGGAUGUGUUGCAAGUUAUUGAUGAUAGUGAUGUUCUCGAUAAACAUGAAUCGGAUAUCGAUGAAAACGUCAAUGAUAUGGAUUCUAGUGGUUGUCCCACGGUAACGUUAAAUGAAAAUGGAAGCGAGACAAAAACUAAAAGUGCUGCCAGUAAAACUUCAAAAAUAUCUUGCGUAAAAUCCAGUGCUUCCCGAUUUGAACUAUACAGAGAAUCUAAUUCCACUUUAAAACCCAAUGAAGAUGAAGUUAGUGUUGAAAGCCUUUUGAGAACUUUUCGCAAGGAACGCGCGGAGCAUUUCAGUCCCAUUGCCGUUGAUGACAUUGAUUAG